CUCUCUCUCUCUAUUUUCUCCUUUUCUCCACCUCCUUUGUCACUCCUUUAACUGAACUCCCUCUCCUUCCCCGUCCUCCUUAUCCAGCUCUCCUUACUCAAUAAAACAGCCGUAUAGAACAAGAGGAAUAUGUCUAAAUUCUUGAAUGAGUGUAUCAGGGCCAGCGUUUUUCUCCACCUCUCCUCCUGAGGUGGACUGAGGUCAUUUGGAAAGAGAGCCGGCCAGUCUUUCUCCUCGAGCGUUUCGCUUAGUGCACUUUGCUCCUGUGUUGAAAGACCGAAGGGGACUUAUUUUCUUUACCAGGAAUUCUCCUUUCCCCAGAACUAUUACCUCCAACAUGACCUCCAAUUCCAAUUUAAGCAACAUGCGUCGGCUGGUAGAACAACUGAAGCUCGAGGCCAGCGUGGAGAGAAUAAAGGUGUCCCAGGCGGCUGCAGAGCUCCAGCAGUACUGUCUGCAGCACGCAGGCCGGGACGCGCUGCUGGUGGGCGUCCCCGCGGGCAGCAACCCCUUCAGGGAGCCACGCUCCUGUGCCGUAGUGUGACGAGGAAGUGGACACAAACUGUGGGGCCUGACUCACGGAUGAAAACAAUCUCAUUCAUACAGAUAUUUUAGGAAAAGCGCCCAAAAGAUGUUAGAUAUUCUUCAAAUAAACGUCUUGUUCAACGACA